AUGAUGGGCGUCAGCAUUCUCUAUUCUCUCGCGCUACUUUCGAGUGCAUUAAGCCCAGUAGCUUUAGGGGUUACUUUGACUGUCUCAAAGACUGGUGGUAAUGCCUCGAGCCCAUUGCUCUAUGGGGUAAUGUUUGAAGAUAUUAACAACUCUGGCGACGGUGGUAUUCAUGGCCAAGUGCUCAAAAACAAUGGCUUCCAAGGGGAUAAUCCAGGAUUGACCGCUUACGCCGCUGUCGGUAAUGUAACUCUGUCUCAGGAUACAUCUAAUCCUCUGAGUUCAGCUAUCACCUCCUCACUCAAGGUCUCCGUCCCGUCUGGAGCCACGGGAUUUAUGGGAUUUGCGAAUACAGGAUACAACGGAGUACCCGUCUUGAAAGCGACAUACGCCAAUUAUUUCUGGAUGAAAGGAACGUACUCCGGUGUCAUCACUGUGAGACUUGUGGGCUCGGAAAGCGACAUUGUGUACGCUUCACAAAAUAUCACCGUCAAUAGUAACUCUUCGGCAUUUUCUUAUUACGAAACCUCGUUUUCAUCAGCCGAGUCUCCAGAUGGCAACAAUGAAUGGCAGCUGCUCUUUGACGCUGCGGAGGUUGCAGGUAGCUCCUUAAAUUUUGGAUUAGUCCAACUGUUUCCUCCAACUUACAACGAUAGAUAUAACGGUUUACGAGAUGACGUGGCCAGUUUUAUGGCAGAUAUUCAACCAUCCUUCUUGCGUUUCCCAGGAGGAAACAAUCUUUUGUCUUCCAGGGAAGGUGCCUCUACUAGUAACCGUUGGAAGUGGAAUGAAACAAUUGGACCUGUAGUUGAUCGCCCUGGACGAGAAGGAGAUUGGGGGUAUCCCAAUACUGAUGCUCUAGGCCUAGACGAGUAUUUGUAUUGGUGUGAAGAUAUGGGCUUGACACCUAUUUUGGCAGUGUGGGACGGGCACAGCUUUGGAGAGAUUGUAUCUGGGUCAGAUCUUGACCCAUAUGUGGACGAUAUUCUCGACGAACUUGAAUACGUUUUAGGUGACGUAAGCACACCGUACGGUGCUCUUCGUGCUAAAAAUGGCCGUACCGAUCCAUGGCCUGUGAAAUAUAUCGAAGUUGGCAAUGAAGAUAACCUCUCAGAAGGUUGUGACACAUACGCAUCUCGCUUCACCCAGAUCUAUGAUGCAAUCCAUGCACAGUAUCCCAAUUUAACAUUAAUCGCAUCUACAACGGACUCGAGCUGUUUGCCAUCAACCCUACCGCCUGGGGUGUGGACUGAUAUUCAUUAUUACGAGACUCCCGAUGAAUUUGUUUCAUUAUUCAAUGAGUGGGACAAUUGGUCACGAGAUAGACCCAUAUUUGUUGGAGAAUAUGCUAGCACUACUGGAAAUGACGGUAGUACAACAUAUUGGAGCAACAUGCAAGGCAGCUGCAGCGAGGCUGUCUACAUGAUUGGGCUGGAGCGCAACAGUGAUAUUGUGAAGGCGGCUAGUUUUGCACCUGUCCUCGAACAUUUUGACUUGGCUGAGUGGUCGCCCGACCUGUACGGACUGGACUCUUCACCAGGCUCGUUGACAGGUUCUACAUCGUAUUAUGUCCAAAAGAUGUUUUCCACUAACAGGGGCACGGCAAUUCUCCCCGUGACAUCCGAUACUGGGUUUGGUCCGGUAUACUGGGUUGCCUCGGUGGCCGGAUCGACCUACUACGUCAAGUUGGCCAAUUAUGGGUCUUCUGCGGAGACAGUUACAGUUGAAAUCGAGGGCACCAGCUCCGGCAAGUUAGAAAUGCUCUCUGGGGGUGAAUUUAUUAGCAAUUAUCCACACAAUGUGUCCAUCAGCACGCAGACUAGCGACGUUUCAGGGAGUGGCAGUUUCACCAUUAGCCUACCUGCCUGGGCAGUUGGAGUACUCGCUGUAUCUUGA